UGUCCUGUGGGCGGGGUGUAUGAUAAUAGCCUCUAGAGGAAGUGAGCGCAGUGUAGUGGAAUGUAGUUGCCAUUAGUGGGAGUUGAACUGAGGCUAACAGCUAGCCUGCUAUGUUGAGCUGCUGAUCUGGAGACGCAGAGGACAGUGAUGAAAACAUGCCUCACUUCACUGUGGUACCGGUGAAGGAUCAUGCUCAGGACAGAUAUGACAGCCUAGAGGGGAUCAACUGGGUGGAUUACAGGCACACUGGGCAGGAUCAUCAGGACACUGUCAGCUCUGAUGGACAUGGGAAUCAUAAAGAAGACAGACCAUUUCUCAACAGUGCUGAUGCUACAAGCAAGAAUAAUGACUUCUAUGACAGGAACCUGGCUUUGUUUGAGGAAGAGCUGGACAUCCGGCCGAAGGUCUCGUCUCUGCUCAGCCGCCUGGUCAGCUACACCAACAUCACCCAGGGGGCGAAGGAGCACGAGGACGAGGAGAGCGCAGGGGCCUCGCGCAGGAAGACCCCCAAGACUCCCAACAUGGGCACUCUGAUGGGAGUCUACCUGCCGUGUCUCCAGAACAUCUUCGGUGUCAUCCUCUUCCUCCGACUGACGUGGAUUGUAGGGAUGGCUGGCAUCAUGCAGUCACUCCUGAUCGUGCUCAUGUGCUGCUCUUGUACAAUGCUCACGGCCAUAUCAAUGAGUGCCAUUGCUACGAAUGGUGUUGUUCCAGCUGGAGGGGCAUACUUCAUGAUCUCACGCUCCCUCGGCCCUGAGUUUGGAGGAGCUGUGGGUCUGUGCUUCUACUUGGGCACCACCUUUGCCUCUGCCAUGUAUAUUUUGGGGGCAGUCGAAAUCUUCUUGAAAUAUCUGGUCCCCCAGGCGGCCAUAUUUCACGCCACAGACUCCCUUGGGGGUGACAGUGCCAUGCUGAACAACAUGCGAGUGUACGGCUCGAUCUGCCUCAGUCUGAUGGCUGUGGUGGUUUUUGUUGGAGUCAAAUAUGUCAACAAGCUGGCCUCUCUUUUCCUGGCCUGCGUCAUUAUCUCAAUUGUCUCCAUCUAUGCUGGGGCAUUAAAAUCCAUGACUCAUCCCCCAGAGUUUACGAUCUGCAUGCUGGGAAACAGGACUUUGGUGAGAGAUCGCUUCGAUGUGUGUUCUAAAACGGUGACAAAGGACAACAUGACGGUGCCCAGCCAGCUGUGGGAGAGGUUCUGUCUGCCGGGGAACAUGAGCAGCGCGCAGUGUGAUGACUACUUCCUCCAGAACAAUGUGACGGAGAUACAGGGCAUUCCUGGACUGGGCAGUGGGAUUAUUAAAGAAAACAUGUGGGGCGACUACCAAAGGAAGGGGGAGAUCUUGGAGAAAGUGGGGCUCGAGUCAGUGGAGGUCCAUGGUGCCCCGGACAACUUUGGCAUGUACGUGUCAGCAGACAUCGCUACAUCGUUCACGCUCCUGGUGGGGAUCUUCUUCCCGUCUGCCACAGGUAUCAUGGCAGGGUCCAACCGAUCUGGAGAUCUCCGGGACGCUCAAAAGUCCAUCCCUGUGGGAACCAUAUUAGCCAUUACUACUACUUCUCUUGUUUAUAUCAGUUCUGUGGUUCUGUUUGGUUCUUGUAUAGAAGGAGUGGUCCUCAGGGACAAGUUUGGGGACGCUGUUCACAAAACCUUGGUGGUGGGUACGCUCUCCUGGCCGUCUCCAUGGGUUAUUGUGAUUGGCUCCUUCUUCUCCACGGUGGGCGCGGGCCUUCAGUCUCUCACCGGGGCGCCACGACUCCUGCAGGCUAUCGCCAAGGACAACAUCAUUCCCUUCCUCCGGGUGUUUGGUCACGGAAAGGCCAAUGGAGAGCCGACAUGGGCCUUACUGCUGACGGGCCUCAUCGCUGAACUGGGCAUCCUUAUUGCCUCACUGGACAUGGUGGCUCCUAUCCUUUCCAUGUUUUUCUUAGUGUGCAAAAACAUCGCCUCAGGCUCUAUGUGUCACAUCCACAGGGCUCUGUCCUUCCUUGGCAUGAGUAUGUGUUUGGCUCUGAUGUUCAUCUCCUCCUGGUACUACGCUAUUGUGGCCAUGGUCAUUGCUGGGAUGAUCUACAAAUACAUAGAGUUUCAAGGAGCAGAGAAGGAGUGGGGGGACGGUAUAAGAGGACUGUCCCUCAGCGCAGCACGAUACGCCCUGUUGAGACUGGAGGUUGGACCCCCGCACACCAAGAACUGGAGACCUCAGCUGCUGGUGCUGCUGAAGCUGGAUGAAGACCUCCAUGUGAAAUACCCUCGUCUGCUCACCUUUGCCUCGCAGCUGAAGGCGGGAAAGGGUCUGACCAUUGUGGGCUCGGUGAUCCAGGGCAACUUCCUGGAAAGCUAUGGGGAAAUGCAGGCAGCUGAGCAGGCCAUUAAGCACAUGAUGGAGAUAGAGCGGGUGAAGGGCUUCUGUCAGAUCGUGGUGGCCUCUAAGGUGCGGGACGGUAUAAUGCACCUGAUCCAGUCCUGUGGUCUGGGGGGCAUGAAGCACAACACGGUGAUGAUGGGCUGGCCGUACGGCUGGAGGCAGAGCGAGGACCCCCGGGCCUGGAAGACUUUCAUCAACACAGUCCGCUGCACCACAGCUGCUCACCUCGCCCUGAUGGUGCCCAAAAAUGUGUCCUUCUACCCGAGCAACCAUGAACGCUUCACAGAUGGCAACAUUGACGUUUGGUGGAUCGUCCAUGAUGGCGGGAUGCUAAUGCUGCUGCCUUUCCUGCUCAAACUGCAUAAAGUUUGGAGGAAAUGCUGCAUGCGCAUCUUCACUGUGGCCCAGAUGGAGGACAACAGCAUCCAGAUGAAGAAAGAUCUGGCCACGUUCCUCUACCAGCUGAGAAUAGAGGCAGAAGUGGAGGUGGUGGAGAUGCAUGACAGCGACAUCUCAGCAUACACCUACGAGCGAACAUUAAUGAUGGAGCAGAGGUCGCAGAUGUUGAGACAAAUGAGGCUGUCCAGUGCAGAAAGAGAAAGAGAGGCCCAGCUGGUGAAGGACAGACACUCUUUGGUGCGAAUGGGAAGUCUAUACUCAGAUGAGGAAGAGGAAGUGGUGGAGGCUCCCCCAGAUAAGGUUCAGAUGACGUGGACAAGAGAGAAAUGUGAGGCUGAGAGGAGGAACAGGAAAAACGCGCCUGAGAACUUCAGAGAACUCAUGAGCCUCAAACCGGAUCAGUCCAACGUGCGGCGAAUGCACACGGCUGUGAAGCUGAACGAGGUGAUAGUCAACAGGUCCCAUGAUGCUCGGUUAGUGCUACUCAACAUGCCGGGGCCACCUCGAGACACAGAGGGAGAUGAGAACUAUAUGGAGUUUCUGGAGGUGUUGACUGAAGGCUUGGAAAGAGUGCUGCUGGUCCGAGGCGGAGGUCGAGAAGUUAUCACCAUCUACUCAUGAUCAAGUGUUAGCUGCUACUCAUCAGAAUACAUUCCACCUCUGGACAGGAGGCAGCAGCUGCUUUGCUGCCAAACAUUUCUCAGUACAGGCAUGAAUUUGACUUUCGUUGUGAAGUACCGAUUUUUGAGUACAAAGGUUUUAUUUAAUUUUUGUAGAAUAUUGGGACACACUUGUUCACGUAUCUACCUGUUGCUCACGAUCGCCAUUCUUUACACAUAAAUCCUGUAUUUCUCAAACGGAAAUCAAUCAUAUUUAUGUCACAAAGUCAUCUUCAUAUCGAUAAUAAUCCUUAUUAUCCUAAUUAGAACACAAGUUGGAAGAAUUGUUUAAAUACUUUGCCAGAUUUUUUAUUCUGAAACAGCUCUUUGAUUAUCUUGGAAGCAUAACUCUAUUUAUUUAUUUAUUUUUUCAACAUGUCCCCACUGAGGUAUUACAUAUGUUGCUGUGGCUAUUGAACGCAGUGCUUGACGUUGGUUGUGCUGUAAGGCAGAGAUCUUGAAACACGUUUUUAAAGAGUAAUAAUUUAUGACUUUUUGUCAGAAAGAUAUUUGUGUUGUUGAUAUGAGAGAUGUUUAUGAAUGACUUUUGAACUGUUACGUUUUUAGCAUUUCAGAUCACCAAGAGACCCUUUUUUGUUUAAUGUGUGUUUGUUUUGUAUUUUCUAAGAAGCCAAGUACGAGCAGUAUUACAGGCCAACAGUCUAGAAAUCAACUGUUUAUUUUUAUGUGGGCUAAACAAUCAGUACAAGCCGAGUGUUUUAUAUGUAACAGAUCAAGCAUGACAAUUAAGCAGUUAAUAAAAAAUAAACCACACAAUGCUAGGAAUUCUACUGGUCUUCCCUUCACUUCAAUAAAUAUCUCUUUUUCCAAGGAAAGCAUUACAUAGGAUGGAGUUGAUUAUUUCACUUAAACCAUUGUCCCUGCAGCAAUAUCAAACACAAGUACGGGCAAGAGCAAAAAUAGGACUCAAGAGCACAACCAGGCAAAAAAGAUUUUAGUCAAGCGUUUAAUCCAAAAGGCUAAA